UACUACUCCAAUAAUUAUGUUAUUACAAACCUCUCCUCCCCCUAUUCCUUUUCUUCAUCUUGUCUUUUCUCCAUUUUCUUUUCCUCUUUUAAUUCUCUCUCCUUUCUCUCACAUGGCUUUCUCUUCCCAUACUCUUUCCUUCAGAUUGGAUUGAAAAGUAUUGGAUUCAAAAGAUAUUUCAGAUGCUGUGAUGGUGUGAUCUUGUUGUUUCCGGUUUUAGACGCAUCACUUUUGCAACAAUAAGCUUUUUCCCAUUUUGGGUUAUUAGGAUUUAUUUACGGAAAAGUGUGGAGGAAGAAAUAAGGUAAUUUCUUCCAUUAAUUAGGGGAAAGUCAAAAUAUCGAGGCCAAAAAGAAUUCAAAUUAAGAACAAAACAACCUGAAGAAGAUUGGCGACAUGGGUUAUCUGAACUCAGUGUUGUCACAAUCUACAAGCCAAGUCCAUGUCGACGAUGCUCCGGUCAGCGGUGGUGGCCUUAGUCAGAAUGGAAAGUUCAGCUAUGGAUAUGCAAGUUCUCCAGGUAAAAGGUCUUCAAUGGAGGAUUUCUAUGAGACAAGGAUUGAUGGUGUAGAUGGAGAGGUGGUUGGUCUCUUUGGAGUUUUUGAUGGUCACGGGGGAGCUCGAGCUGCAGAAUAUGUCAAACAAAACCUCUUCAGUAAUCUCAUCAGGCACCCAAAGUUUAUUUCUGAUACCAGAUCAGCUAUAGCUGAUGCCUACAGUCACACUGACUCGGAAUUCCUGAAAUCCGAAAACAAUCAGAACAGGGAUGCUGGGUCUACCGCCUCCACUGCAAUCCUUGUUGGCGAUCGUCUGUUGGUGGCAAAUGUCGGGGAUUCUAGAGCUGUUAUUUGCAGGGGUGGUAAUGCUAUUGCUGUCUCUCGAGACCACAAACCUGACCAAACAGAUGAAAGGCAACGAAUUGAAGAUGCUGGAGGUUUUGUGAUGUGGGCAGGAACUUGGAGAGUUGGAGGAGUGCUUGCUGUAUCUCGUGCAUUUGGUGACAGACUGUUGAAGCAGUAUGUGGUUGCUGAUCCUGAAAUUCAGGAGGAAAAAGUUGAUGAUACCCUCGAGUUUCUCAUCCUUGCAAGCGACGGACUUUGGGAUGUUGUGACAAAUGAGGAAGCUGUCGCUAUGACUAAACCAAUCGAAGACCCAGAAGAAGCUGCAAAAAGGCUGAUGCAGGAAGCAUACCAGCGAGGCAGUGGUGACAAUAUCACCAUUGUGGUCGUCCGGUUUCUGACCACCCAAGUAGAAUCCUCUCAUAGUGGCUCUGUUUAAGAAGAAUGCUGUCUCAUUCUGAUGCGUUAGUCUGUUUUUCUUCUUCAUGGAGGGCUCAAACAGAACAGCAAUGGAAAGUGUGCUUUACUAAACCGUAGAAACAUAUAGAUCAGUCGCUGCUAAGAUGUUUCAUGGAAAGACUCGUUCCUUGGAACCAAACAAUGUGUAACUUUAGCUUUCCAACUUAUUGUGACAAUUGUAUCAUGAUUUCUGUGUGAUGGUUUUUGUCUGGCGUCUGUUAUUUAGCCAUAAUUGUUCAA